AAAGUCGUAAAUCUGGCGCCGAGGGAGCCAGCGGAAAAGGGUUCAGCAGGUGUCGAUGGGGGAGUUGAAAAUCUCUCAGAUCUAUUCGUUGGUGGGAAUUUUGUCGAGGAGAUCAAUGAGACAUCCACUGAGGCGUUCAUCGUGUAUCCAGGUCCGGAAGAUGUCACAAUCAGACGUCCUUCAGAAGGAAUCUAUCAGCAAUCCGUGACUCUCACGGCUCGCAUGUGGCCACCCGUUGAGGCAGGUCCGCAAAGGACAGUGUGGGGUUUGCCAGCUGUUGUCUGGGGAGUCGUUAUUGGUUGUACUGUGGUUGGUGUGCUCGUUCUGGCCACACUCUUCUUCUGCUGCUGGCUUCUUCCGCGAAGCCGAAAGUUUCUCAGCCCUUCUCGCUGUGGAGCUGCUGUCACCAGCUCAUCAGCAGACGCAGGAGGAGGAAUUAUAAAAAUUUUAUGUAUUUUUGAAGUGGCUCACAACCCGCAACCUUGGACAGGUAUUCCUGCUCAAUAUUCUGCUCCAGCUCCUUCAAUGCCAUCUUCAGCUUCGAAAUCCCACGUGUCACAAAAGGCGCACAAUUUACGGGAUCAAAUGCCUGGGAAUUUUUGUAGUCUUGUGCCAUGUCAGAGCACAAUUCCAGAUACCCAUAAAUCAAUGUGGGCGAUCAAUCCACUCUACGCCUCCAGUUCGGUUCUUAGCGAAUCCGAAGAGUCUUCAUAUAGGACGAGAUCUUUGCCAUCGUGGGGAAAGGGUGCCAAACAGAGACCCGUCUCAACAACGGAUGAUCUCGAGGAACUCUACGCGAAGGUGAAUUUUAGUAAGAAGCGACGGAAUCGCAUGCGAAAUGACGAAGCUGCAAUAAUUGCAUUAUGUCGCUCAAGAUCUCAGAAUUUAGCUGUUUUGCCCCUCGAACGAGAAGGAAUAGUUGUGUACGAUGAGAGGACAGCCCUCUAGAAAAACCUAAACCACCAAUUUAUUAAUUUGGACAUUUUUCUAGAGCACAUGGAUUGUCCCUUGCGAUACUAGUCAUAGUUUAUUACCGGACCAUGGUAAAUAUCAUAUCAACCGAAUUGACAAAUAAUUUCUAGAAAAUCCUAGAUGUGCAAUGAUUUCUUCUAGCCAAUUUCUUUUGUAACUAUCCUGAGGAAUAAAUAAAAUUCUUCAGUAUCGGAUAAA